AAAUUUGUCGUGGUCUUAGUAUCUCCAUAGAAGGAACCAAAGGAACAAAAGCCGAGUUAAUACAAAGAAUAAGGGACUAUUCGAAUAUGGGGAACCAUACAAGAUCUGAAAUGACUGAAAAGUCAAAGAGAGAAACGUAUGAUGUUGACAAAGAGGAUGAUUCAUUGUGCUCAGAAUACCCAAAUGAAGUAAAUGAAGUACAUGAGAUACAUGAAGGUGACCCUCAAAUACAAUCCCUAAGGGAGCUUGUACAAAAAUCAAGAGGAAAAACAAAAAUUUUGCGAUCAAGAAUCACCCCUUCUCAAGAUGAGGAAGGACAGAGCUCUCAACAUCAACUAAUGGAAGAUACGUAUGAAACCCUAGGAAAAUCAAGAAA